ACAAUUCAUAGAAAAAAAAGACCUAAAAAUUUCUGUUAUUGAGAAGAAAAAAAAGCCAUUAAGCUAACCUAAAACAAAAAAAAGGGGGGACUGGACAGUCCACUUUGAGGAUACAAUAAAAAAAAGGAAAAAUCCUUCUGGUCAAAUUCGUGCGUGUUACAAAAGCAAUCUACAUGAUCACCCUCUCGUUCUCACUUAUAGUAAUUUAAGGCACCGUCCAUUUAAAAUCAGACAAGAACUAGUUUAGUCCAUAAAUGAAGGUAAAUCUUUGCAGUUUCAGUUCAAGCCGUUCAGGUCUGCAAUGAGCAUAAUUACUGUUACAGCUUCCCAGAAUGGCACUCAGGCUUUACAGCCGCGCGUUACGGGUGCACCCUGAGCAAAAUUCUUGCAAUCCCAGGUCCCCGAAAUUGUAACAAGAGCAAUGCUUCCAACCUCAGGUUUCUAGGAUUUGUAAUUGGACCACUCUCCCCUCGAUUCCCACCCAGCCCUGGGUGGAAGUGGUUAUUGCAGCGCCCACCACGCCGGUGGAAUGCGUUUGUGCUGAAUUUCCGAAGCAACACACUCAAGUUUACAGGAGGAACUCAGCAGGUCAGGCAGCAUCUGUGGAAAUGAAUGAAUGAACAGUCGGCAUUUCGGAUCGCGAUCCUUCUUCAGGACUGGAAAAGAAGGGGGAGAAGCUAGAAUAGGAAGGUGGGGGACGGGAAAGAGAACAAGCUGGGAGGUGAUAGGUGAAGUCGGGCGGGUGAGAUAUGAAGUGAGAAGCUGAGAGGUGUUAGGGUGGAAGGCUGCUGUGGUUCCGGUUUUUCUGUGGUGCCUUUUUUCCAGUCUAUAGUUUCCUAGCAGUACAAUGUUGGUGUAAUUGUUGUCCAUUAGAGUAGUUGUGUUACGUUUUGUAUUCAGAGUGGGGAUAUUGUUACUAGCAUGAGCAGACGGCCGACACGUUUUGGAUAAAAUUCUCUCUUCAGUGAACAUUGGGAAAGGAGCAGGGGCAUGCACCGAAACUUCCGACUGGGUUGGCUUGUUUUUUAACAUAACAUUUUCGCCCCGAAACAGAAUUUCGGCUUUCGGACUGCCUUCAGAGCCAAAUUGAAGGAUGCCCCCCAGAGCACAGAUUGUGCAACUUCAAACUGAGUUUUACGUACGCCAGUCAUUUGCAAACGUGCUCCGCAGAGUGUCCCGGGUUUACAACGGAGAGUCCCUUAUUGCAUCGGCGUGGGUAUCGGAACUGGAUCUCCAUCCCAGAUCUUCUCCCUACUCUCUCCGGGAUUUCCACCAUCGUGGGUGAAUUUUUGUAUUGUUUUUUAGGCGGCAGUCUGCCAGAAAAGCUGUUACCCGGCCGAGUUUCACUUUCGUUUCCGGAAUGUAAUGAAAAUAAUUUCGUUUCUAAAAACCCUGAAACCCAAGUUACGGUUGACUCACGGCGACUCGUCUCUUCAAAGCUCCGUUUUCAGUGACGCUCUGAACCUCGUCCCCCUUACUUCAUUUUAUCUCGGCUUUCAGAGCUGUGCUCUUCGCUGGAGUAUCAUUUAACUUAAAACCCGGACUCAAGAUGUCCAGAAAACGUAGUUUGAGGGAAAAACGUGAAGUCGGACUGCAGUUCAUAAGAUUUCUCCAGGAAAUAGGCCAACAACAAGUGACCGACAAAGCACAGCUUAAACAUAUUUACAAUUCUCAGUUCAAGGGCAGAGAUGGUGUUUUGAGUGUCAACUUCUCCAGUGUAAUUUAUUCUCUAGCGAAAUCAGGCAAGGCCCGAGUGAUUGAAAAUGAAAUUUCCUUUUUCUCUCAGAGGCGAAAAAUGGUAUAUGUUAACCAGUAUUGUCGUCCGCCCAACAACGCCAGCAACCUGGGAUCAGCACAGUCUCCGUCCAUACCCGCUGAUCGAGGGAAGAGGGGCCAUGCCAAAGAAAUCAUUCGUCAGCUGAAAAAAAACAGGAAUGUGAUGAUCCAGAAUAAAAAUGGCAUAAAGAUACAAUCAGACUUUGACGUUGGUGAAGGGAAAAUCCAAGUUUCCGUUAGUCCCAACCAGCGGCAUACUGUUGAAAUCGGUGUGGUGAACAAGGGCACACAAUCAAUGACCUUCUUAAGAUGCGAGCUGCUCCGUCGGUUCCAUGUGUUCACCUUGAGGGAUGAGAAGAAUGUGACCCGUUCCCAGUCUUUUCAGCUGGAAGCAGGAGCGACCUAUACAAUUGAAGUAGAUUGCUUAGUAAUUCACCAUGGCUAUUUCCCAAUAACGCUCGUCUUUCAAUUCCGAGAUGAGAGCUCAAAUACUUUCAACAUCAUUCGCUUCUUCUCGGCAAGAACAACCAGCAGUCUGAUUGAAGAAUUAAAGCCUACCGCACCCUACAGGCCGUAUCAGCUGUGCACUCGUUAUCCUACUGAAGAGAUUAUUGAAGAAGGAGAGAGGCCGGAGUGUGUCUUCAACAAUCAACUGGAGCAUACCAUUCCUCUUGAACAGUAUAAAUACACCAAAAGCACUUUGAAAGCAGUAAAAAGUGGUCUGAAGGGUAACCAAAAUCUCAGUCCUGAUGUGAAUAGGGAGAUGCAAAGGAUUCAUUCUUUACUGGCCUCAGAACUGGAGUUCGAAGAAUAUGAUGAGAGAUUUGCACUUUUGCUCCACUUGGAGGAAAUUCAGAUGGAAGUUGACAUUACCAGGUACAAUAUGGAGAAUGUUACCAUGACGCAGGAAAGAAGACUUCUUGUUCUCAAGGUCCCUGGUGUUGCUGAAAAUAGACCCUCUGUGCUCAGAGGAGAUCAUCUACUGGUGUCAAGGAGUGACAGUCGAAAACAACCAAUCACUCGCUACAAGGGCUACGUACACGGAGUAGAACUGGAGAGGGUUAAGAUGGGGUUUUCCCAGAAGCUUUUGAAUGAUUUUAUAGACAACAUGAGGUUCGAUGUCAUGUUCACAUUUAACCGAUUUCCAAUACGAAUGCAACACCGGGCAGUGUACUUAGCGAAGUCCAAUGACCUAAGGAAUGUGCUCUUUCCAACUUUCUCUAAUAAUAGAUGUAUCCAUCCUCUGGAAGGAAGGUUGAGCUUUUAUGACCGGUCCCUUGAGGGAAAUCCCGAACAAGCCAAAGCUGUCAGUUGCAUCGUUGCUGGGAUCUCCAGACCUGCUCCGUACUUGAUAUUUGGUCCACCAGGAACUGGGAAAACCGUCACUGUUGUGGAAGCUAUAAAACAGGUGCUAAAGUGUAUACCAACAGCCCAUAUCCUAGCUUGUGCACCAUCUAACAGUGCCACUGACCUGCUCUGCCAACGAAUCAGGAAGUCUAUUGAGAAAAGAUAUAUUUACCGCCUCAAUGCUAACAGUCGGAACUGGGAUUCCGUCCCCUCAGAUGUGAAGGAGUGCUCCAACUGGAAUGAAUCUACCAGGAGUUAUGAGUUCCCACCCAAAGAAACUCUAAAGCAAUAUCGAGUCAUUGUCAGCACUUUGAUAACUGCUGGAAGACUAGCUUCUGCAAAUUUUCCACCUGGCCAUUUCUCUCAUGUGUUCAUUGAUGAGGCUGGACAAGCUGUUGAACCUGAAUGUAUCAUUGCAAUUGCAGGAUUGCUAGAUCCAAUGGAUUUGGACAACAACAAAGACGGUGGACAGUUGGUUCUGGUUGGGGACCCAAAGCAGCUGGGACCUGUACUGAGAUCUCCCAUCGCCAUCAAGCACGGACUAGAAUUGUCUUUGCUGGAGCGGCUGAUGAAUGGGAAUGCUCUUUACCAGAAGGAUCCAGACAGUGGAUCUUACAACCAAACUUAUGUAACAAAGCUUCUUCGCAAUUACAGGUCCCAUCGUGAGAUUCUCAAGAUUCCUAAUGAAUUGUUCUAUGACGAAGAGCUUCAGAAUCAUGCUGAUCCGAUAAUCAGCAGCUCGUACUGCCACUGGGAACACUUGCCAAAGCAGGAUUUCCCCAUAAUUUUCCAUGGAGUCCUUGGACAAGAUGAGAGAGAAGAGAAAAGCCCAUCCUUCUUCAAUGUUGAGGAGAUUGAUCAAGUGCUGUUCUACCUCAAAAGCCUUCUGACCAACCAGGGAAAGAAAGGUCAUGCCAAGAUUUCGCCUAAAGAAAUUGGAGUGAUUACGCCUUACAGGAAACAGGUGGAAAAGAUCAGAAAAGCAAUAAAUGUAGUGGACAGAGAGCUGAAGGCAAUGAAUGACAUCACGGAGUUGAAGGUAGGAUCAGUGGAGGAGUUCCAGGGACAAGAACGAAAGGUAAUCAUCAUCUCCACUGUCCGAAGCUGCUCAAACUACCUACAGAUGGAUGAAGAUUUCAAUCUAGGAUUCCUCAAAAACCCAAAGCGAUUUAAUGUUGCACUGACCAGAGCAAAGGCGCUGUUGAUAGUGAUUGGAAAUCCUAUAAUCCUAACCAAGGACCCAAACUGGAAGAGGUUCCUAGAUCACUGCAAGUUCAAUCAAGGUUACACUGGCUACAGAGAUGAAGAUGAUGAUAUUGAAAAUGACCUCAUUGAUCAGCUUGACCAGCUCAACCUUGGCACCGAAUCAACAGGAAAUCCUAAUGAUAUCAGCAUUGCCGAACAAUUUGCGCAGCCAGAAUGGAGGAGUGAAGUUUAAUUGACACUGGACAAGAUAUGAUAGUAUCCUGACACCUGGAUGAAUAUAAUCUAAUUCUUAAUUGAAUCUGAACCAAAAAUAAUAAAUUUCAUACCCGUGCACUUUCAGUUUUCUACCAAUGAGUUGUGUAGUUCUAUGCUACUGCAGUUCUCCAAUAUUUUUCUAUAUCUGCAUGAGGAUUGAAUUGAACUUUUGUAAUUUUGAGUCUUAUGCAAUUGAAGUUCAUGCUUUUUAUAAAUUUUGAGCAGUUUUACACAGACCAGAAGGAUCAUUUUUAUUUGAACUUUAAUUUGACCAGGCAAGAGGUUAAAAGGAUCUAGAAGUCAGGGUCAUUGUGCUGCAACCAGAGGACUGUAUUCCUAUCUGAAACUUGUCACAGGAAAGGGCUGGAUUGAAGUUAACUGAGGACAUGCAGUCUGAAUUGAAGAAGGUGUCUGCCCUCUUGGUGUAUUUAAAUAAACAAAGGAUUCCACUGAGACUUUUUAAAAGCAUGUUAACCUUUGCCAAGUCUUUAAUGCUUUUUAAUAGACUAAUUAUAGCAGUGACUGUUAAACAGGAAAAUUUACCUAAAGCCUGAAUUUGACUACCUGUGUAUUGUUCAAGAUAGAUCUGUUAUGCGGAUCUUGCUUUUUUUCUGAAAACGUGCAGGCAAGAUUUUUGGGAGUGGGGACAUUUACUCGAAGUACUAAAUAGUCACUUUAACUGUUAGUUUGCGUAAUCAGAUUUAAGCAAUCAACCUCAAAGUGCAAAGCAAGCUAAUGUGCUGAAAAAAAUAACAAGGCUCAAUUCUAAUUGCAGAAAAGUUGCAUUGCAGAUGCUUUCUGCCACCCUUUCCAAUCCUUUAUUUCUGCAUUUUGGCUUUGAAAGCUUACCUGGCAGCUCUACUAAAUUAUGGUAGCAAAUAUUCUCAAUAGCUCGUUAGAAGCAAGUUUUCUAAAUGUUACCUCAAUCACUGAAAUCAACUAGACACAAUAUUUUAAAGUUUCAGAUCAUACUUUGUAUAAUUUGAGUCUGUGUAACAGAAUGGAACAGGAAAGCAGAUUGCCAACUUAUUUUAACCUACUCUGACCCUUCCCUCCUACAUAACCCACUAUUUUUCUUAAAUCUACAUGCCUAUUUAAAUACUUUCUUAAAUGUCCCUAUACAAGUGUUCCAGGUCCUUACCACUGUCUAUAAAACUACCUCUGAUAUCUCCCCUAUAUUUUUCCCUUAAAUGACAAUCUCUGGUAUUGGCCAUUGCUGCCCUGGGGAAGAGAAUGUGCUGCUAUCUACUGUAUCAAAUCACCUCUCAUCCUCCACUCCGGAGAGAAAAGCCCUAGCUUACUCAACCUUUCCCUCAAAGAAUGAAUUAAUAACAGGCUGCAUUGUUUACAAUUGGCAUCAUUUCAAAAUGCCUUGCUAGAAUUCCCUCUUGUCUAUCACUGUGCAUGAUAUUUUGGUUACAGUCUUAAAUGCACAAAUUGUGUUAAAGCUGAUUAGCAUUUAUACUGGAAUAGUUAAUGCCUUUGUAAAUUCAUACUCAGCCUACAUUUCUGAUCCAAAUAAAACACAAUGUUCCCAUCA